AUUAAAAUAAUUCCUCUAAUUACAAAAACCGCCACCUUCCCAGUAAAUAAUUUGCCCAAGCCUAAGCCAGAAACCACCUCGCUCGCUCUCACAACAUGCAGAAGAAUCCGUAUCUUGCCUUACUGAUUCUAUGGCCUCUGGCCUUGAUCUCUCUCUCUUCUUCAAACCCAUGUGACCCCACAAACCAGAGGGACCCACGAGCUCUCCGUUCUGAUCAAAUCACCGUUCUGAUGAACGGCUACUCUGAGUCCCGAAUCCCUCUCCUCCGGUCACUUGCCUCCACCUACACCUCUUCCCCACUGGUAUCUUCUGUGCUGGUUCUCUGGGGAAACCCUUCAACGUCAGCUCAAACACUGGCCCGCUUGGCCCACAACCUCUCCCUCUCCUCCUUUGGUCCAGCUCCCAUCUCCCUCGUUCGCCAGCGAUCUAACAGUUUGAAUGACCGUUUUCUCCCCAGGUUUUCGAUAGGGACCCACGCAGUUUUGAUCUGUGAUGAUGACGUGGAGGUUGAUUCUAGGUCUUUUGAGUUUGCUUUCAAGGUUUGGAGGCUGAAUCCCGACCGCUUGAUUGGGUUGUUCGUGAGGUCGCAUGAUAUGGACCUGGGGGCAAAGCAGUGGAUUUAUACUGUCCAUGGCGACAAGUACUCUAUAGUGCUCACAAAGUUUAUGAUGUUGAAGAGCGAGUAUCUGUGGAGAUAUAGCUGUGAAGGUGGGGCCCAGAUGAGUGAAGUGAGGAGGACCGUUGAUAGGAUGAAGAAUUGCGAGGAUAUCUUGAUGAAUUUUGUGGUGGCUGAUGAGGUAAAAGCAGGUCCCAUUCUGGUGGGGGCAGAGAAGGUGAGGGAUUGGGGAGAUGCAAGGAAUGAUGGUGAUGGAGGGAGGGGAUUGAAAGAUGGGGAGGGGCGCAGGGUAAGGGAGGUGGGGCUGAGUAGCAGGAGAAGGGAGCAUAGGAAGAGGAGAGGGGAUUGUCUAAGGGAGUUUCACAAGGUUUUGGGUAGGAUGCCUCUAAGGUAUAGUUAUGGGAAAGUAGUUAAUUCAGUUGGGGAGCAAGGGCUGUGUCUGAAAGGAGGCAAGCUGGUAUUUUGUGACCAAUACCGACGAUAGCCCUCUUCCGGCAGUGUCCCUAAAAUUACUCUUGAGUUUUCGUGAAACGUUUCGGCAAUGUCAUUAAAAAUAAUUGAUUAGUCGA